GAUGAUAAUAAUGUAUUUAUAGUAACAAAUAAUGCUGAAAAAUAUCAGUGUAUUUUACCAGAGUCAGAGGAAAAAAGACAAGAAAACAGUAAAAAUUAUGAUGGCCCUACUCCAGAUGAAUUAAUGGAAGCUCUUUUUAGCCAGAAUAGUUGUUCUUACAGGAUUGAAAGUUAUUGGACGUAUGAAUUAUGUCACAUGAAACACUUACGUCAAUAUCACGAAACUAAGGAGCCAGGAAAGGCAAAGAUUAAUCAUGAAUUUUAUUUUAUUGCAGAAAAUGAGGACGAAGAAAAUACUGAAGAUGGUGCUAAAAAAUACAAACUACCACAAAAAAAAAUAGAUGGUAUAGAGUUACCGUAUUAUGAAGUCAAUAUGACAGAAGGUACUAACUGUGACUUGUUAAAGGCUCCACGACGUACUAGACUACUUUAUGUCUGUCAACCUGAGGGUCACGGUGAGGUUUAUGACAUCAAGGAAUCAUCAACUUGUGAAUAUGAAAUCAUAGUUUUAACUAAUGUACUAUGUCGUCAUCCAGAUUUUAGACCAAAGAAUCCCCCAGUAAAUGAAAUCCAAUGUCAUUCAUUAGAACGCUCUCCAGAAAGACCUCAAGCCAUGGAUAAUUUGGAGUCAACUUCUAAAAUUUCUUAUACUCAAGAAGAUGCUCAGGUUACAUCUCAAGAUGGUAAAACUAUAGAACAAGUUAAAGUUUAUCGAACACCUCAAGCAAGUCCUCCCCCUACUCCUAAUCUCGGUUCUAAUACUGAUAAACAAGUUCUACGUGAUUUCCUCAUUGGUGAUUAUUGUUUACAAGGGGGCACAGGUUGGUGGAAACAUGAGUUUUGUUAUGGAAAACACGCCAGACAAUACCAUGAUGGUACAGAAGGACGACAAGUCAUCUAUCUUGGUCAUUGGAAUUAUCAAAAACAUUUACAAUGGUUACUAAAACAUCCUUCUAAAAGACCUAAAGAAAUUGGCUCUAGAAAAUUUGUAUCAUUAAUGUAUACAGAUGGAGAUGUAUGUGAUAUAAAUGGUGAUAAAAGAGUAGUGGAAGUCAGAUUAAAAUGUAUAGUUAAUGAGCAACAUCCCCAUGCUGUAGCUUUAUAUUUAAUGGAGCCCAGUCCUUGUACCUAUGUUUUAGGGAUUGAGUCACCAUUGUUUUGUAGUUUAUUAGAUAAAGCUGAUAAUGAUGGUAUCUUUAAACAAGAAGAAAUUGAAAAUUUAUAA